CCUGUUUGUGAGAGUGGGACAAUUAGACGGAGAUCCGUCGUGUGAUGUGCGAGUGCGGUUCGGAGGGCACGCAAUAGAAACGGCACGGCAGAAGUAAUUAUAUAAUUAGGAGUGUCAAACGUCCGGUUAGUUCACGCGUGUGCAGCAUGACACAGGGAACGGAGCUCGAUCAUGAUGUGUAUCAUUGUGAAGAACACCAAAACCCUUCUCAGCAGACGAACUUUGUCUUUCCGCGUCCCCUCCUUAGCGGCCCCUUGCGGUUGGAACGUGAGGGCAAAAUGAAUGUGCCACCGAAAUCACGCGGAUUACAUAGGAGAGGCGAUGUGGUUGAACAAAUGGAUGCCCAUGGGCCAUUUGAGGCAAUCCCGAAUCGUCAACGGAAGCAAAUUCCCGCCAUUUCCUUCGUUACUAGGAUUGCUAUUUCCUUUCAGAUUUCGCUCCCGUUUUCUUGCGUCCGUCCCACAAAGAACUCGUAGGCCAUGGGCCGUACAAGAAAGAACAAGAAAAGGCGUACUGCAACAGCUAGGUAUAGUCGAAGACGUUCCGAGCACUACCAUCGCAAUCAUGCGGUUUGGCCAAUAAUAUCCACGGCCGCGGAUUCCGAGCUACGAAAAAUUCUCAAAAAUACUGAGAUUCGCAUGGGGGACAUGGCUAAAAAAGUCAUCGACCAUCAGCUCAAGCAUUGGGAAGAGGCGAAAGCCAGGAUGUGCAAGGAGAAUAUCUCUUUGGGAAUUCCAUGCAAUGUUGCGCUAGAUGAACUUAGCCUCAAGGGGAUUCUUGGUGAGCAUCCCAGUGCAGAUAUCGAGACAAUCAAGGUUGCUUUUGGAAAAACCGGCUACAACGGGGGCGAACAAUUAUGGAACUGGAUUCGCCUUCCCUAUACCAUCAGAUGUCUUGGACUCGCUGGACGUGAUUUGGGGCCGUCUGAACGUGGCAAGAAACGAGCAAAGACUACAUUAGAGGAGUAUUUCGUUGCCGACGUUGAUGAAUGGGUACUGAAAAACGAGAGAUAUAUUCGGAUUCUCUCACGUCGCCAUAACCUGAAGUCCAUUCCAGCUGAUGCCCCGCACGCUCUUUCAUCAUGGAAGUAUGGCCUUGUGAAUGUGGAGGAUAUCCAGUCCGUCAUCCCCGACUCCACCGUAGUAAAUGACCAGAAAUGCAGAGCGCUGGAAGUCAAGCGUCGGCCAGUCGCUUCAUUUCCUGGGUAUACAGUCCUCCAUGCCAAAAGACAUCAGAACAUCUUCCUCCAGACCUCCAAGGAAGGCUUCAAAAUGCGAUGGGAUGAAAUGACCGAUGGAAUAUUGACCGGACUGAAUUGGUCAAAUGUCUUCGUUGCCGGUGGAAUGGUACUUUCCACCCUGCUCACUCCAGAGCUUCCAUCGAAGCUCUCCAGUUCUCCUGGGGCUAAAAAACCCGGGGAUUUCAAGGAUUCGGACAUUGAUUUAUACAUCUAUGGCCUGGCCCCUCAACAAGCGAAUGCAAAAAUUGAACACAUCGAGACAGUGUACAAGAAGAAUUUGCCUCCGAAUGCGCCGUUCUUAGUAGUUAGAAACUCUCAAACAAUCACGUUCUACUCAGAGUAUCCUCGUCGGCGAGUCCAAAUCGUCCUGAAACUCAUCGGAAGUCCUCGGGAGGUCCUCCUCAACUUCGACCUUGAUAUCUGUGCAGUGGGAUACGACGGAACAGAUGUAUGGUUGUUGCCACGGUGCGUGCGCGCACUCGAGACGGGUUUAAUUGUGUUCACAAUGGAUCUCAUCGAUGGACACUAUCUUGGCGAUCGUAAGGCCACGCGCGAUCAACGGCAAGUCCCAAAUGUGUUCAAGUAUGCCAACAAGGGCUACGGAAUCCGUAUUCUUCCAUCAUACCUAGACUUUCUCGCCAUUCACAAUGAUGCGGAGGCUCUUGCAGAUAUUUCUCGGGGCGAAAAUCUCAUAGAGAAUUUCUCCAUUGAGCCUGCCGCUAAAGCUGCUCGGGACUGGACCUCGACAGUGAUUAAGCGUUACCUCUUCGUGGGACAUGAGAAUAAGCCGUUUCACCUGGAUGUCCCCCACUUGAACAUCGACUUGACCAAGCCGAUCCAAUCGCCUGAUGGCAAACCUGUUUUCUCGCAUGCUAUGUUAGAAAGUUAUGGCCAGAUAACGAGCGAGCCUCUCUGGCGAAGCUGUUUGACGGGCUUUUCCCUAUUCAUGAGACAUGUUGCCCUCUGGGAAGCUGAGGUCGCCGGCAAAAUUCAUAUAUUUGAAGGUUUAUUUGCUUCUGACACCUAUGGUGAAGGCAGUCAAACCAUUAUAUCGUAUGACGAUACACCAGCAUACAAGUGGGACGCCUCGUUCACUAUCCCGGAGUUCAAAAAGGCUAUCGAGAAGUUCAACUCCCGUGAAUCGGACUUCAGUUUCCGUACUUGGCCGAAGUGCCAAAGCUUCGAUCGACUUCCGAAAGACGCUGUUGCUCGAGUCACUUAUGCUGACUCCGUUUUGGAAGUGAUGGGCCCCAGCAACGACAUUGGGAUCCCCUUAGUGAUGACAACCAGCGCAGUGGGUUGGGUGAAUGAGACUAUUGAAACGGCACUCCAAGAAUGUGGUAUGAAGUUUGGAAGUGAACACCCUUUGGUUGUUUUUGGCUCAAGCGAGGAUAGCGACUGGGAGGAUUCUCGCGACGAAACCAUCGUUCUCUGGCGCUUGGAUAAAAUCACAAACUGGCAAAUGCUUGACCGCCGCAUCGAUGAGGUCCGUGAAGUUCUCUGGGCAUUCCAUCGCGCAAAUGAACGAAUGACCGUGGAGCAUAAAUACCGACUCAGAUACUUCAAAACGAACAUCUCUCGCCGCGCGAUCCGCGACUCUAUAGAGGAUGAGGCUGCGGCAUUCAUCCGGUGGGCAUGCCGAAAGCCGUUUGAACAAGAUACCAAAAUUCAUGCCCAUUAUUUACUUGCUGGGUAUAAGGUGGGAGAGGAUGAGGAUUUGGAGAAGUGA